UCAUGUUCUUUCAGUCAUUGAUUAUGCCUCUGCAAGAGUGGUACGGUAACCGCGAAAUUCUCCUUACCGGAGUAACAAGCGAACUUGGGCGCAAUUUACUUGAGAAAUUAUUACGAUGUUUUCCGAAUAUAAAAGUGCACCUGGUAUUGAGAUCGAGAAGAGGAUUAUACACACUUCAGCGCGUAAAAGAACAAAUUUAUAAUUCUCCAGGGUAUGAUAGAUUACGCCAGGAACAACCCGACGCGAUUUCUCGUGUCGUAGCUUAUGAAGGUAAUCUGGUUUAUGAUAAUUUAGGAAUACGGCGCCAAGAUCAUGAGGCAAUGGCUAAUGUCACUGUAGUCUUUCACGCUGCGGGACCAUUCGAGUGUCUCCUCAAAUUUUGUUCUCAAUUACCAAAGUUACAUACCGUUGUCAUGGCCAGCGAUCUGCUAAGUUGCAAUGAACAUCAGGUGAUCGAACAUACUGUAUACGAGUCCGUGCCAAAUGGGUUACCACUUGGAAUUGUUCGACUUCCAUCACUUGGACCUGCUUAUCGAGAGCCCAUGCCUGGAUAUGUCGAACUAUUGAAAGGCGCAACCGCGGUAAUGGUUGGUGCAGGAUACUUACGGGGACGUAAAGAUUUACCUGUUGAAAUUAUUCCAAGAGACAUAGCCACUAACACAUUCAUCGCUGCUGCCUGGGACGUGGCAAAUAGGGGUACGCUUGAGGUGCCAAUGGUAUAUAAUGCUGCGACUAUCAAAUGCUCAUGGGGUGAACUUAUUCGUAAGGCUGAUCGAGCAAAUCGAAAUUUUCGAUAUCCUACCUUUAGAGUUCGAGGGAUGACAACUUCACAUAUUUUACGCUGGAUUAUAGUUCUAAUUUUCGAAUGGCUACCAUCCAUCAUCUGCGAUUUUAUUCUUGGAAUAUGUUAUCAAAAGCAAAAUAUCGUCGCAGAACAUAAGCGCGUUCGCAGUAUUCUUAAGGACUUUGAAUCUGUGACACUUAAAGUAUUAACCACGCAACGUCAAAAUAUAUAUAAUCUCCAGUCUUUACUCAGUUCUGAAGAAAAAGAAUUAUUUUGUCUACAUGCUCAGAUGGAUAUUGAAGCUUAUAUAUUGUGCGCAGCUGCAGCAACAAGAAAGUAUUGCGUUGAUGAUAGCAAUUUGAGAAUUGUAAGCUUUUUUACUCCAACGCUUCUAGCUCUAUUUUUCCUGAUUUGUGGUUAUUAUUUUAUAAGAUAAUUUUUUA